AGAUCCUUGGGACGUCCCUUCCCUAAGCCCUGAACCCUAACCCUGACUUUACCCCAUACCCUUACCCUCAUCUUAACCAUAACCCUUACCUAACUCUAAACUUAACCUUAACCCCUACCUUAACCGUUUUAAAUUUAAACUUAAAUUGGGUGACGUCAGAGUUCAGAGUCCUCACAAGGAUCCCGUUUAGACAUCUUAGUUUUUUAGUAUCUCCCUUUGAGUUUACGAGAUCUCCCCCCGAAUCCUGAGCGAGGCAGUCACCGAAACGAGAGGCGAUACCCUCCUGCACAACAUGGCUACAAUUGUAACCUCGACCAGAUUUACAGACGAAUAUCAGCUGUACGAGGAGCUCGGAAAGGGCGCCUUCUCCGUUGUCCGGCGAUGCGUUAAAAAGUCCAACGGCCAGGAAUUUGCUGCUAAAAUUAUCAACACGAAAAAACUCUCAGCAAGAGAUCAUCAAAAAUUGGAACGAGAGGCCCGCAUCUGUCGCCUGCUCAAACAUCCCAACAUAGUACGACUACACGAAAGUAUCUCAGAGGAAGGCUUCCAUUACCUUGUCUUUGACCUUGUCACCGGUGGAGAGCUGUUUGAAGACAUUGUUGCCAGAGAGUAUUACAGUGAGGCCGAUGCCAGCCAGUGUAUCAAUCAGAUCCUGGAGAGUGUCCACCACAUGCACCAGCAUGACAUUGUGCACAGGGACCUCAAGCCAGAAAACCUGCUCCUGGCCAGUAAGCUGAAGGGAGCUGCAGUGAAGUUGGCUGACUUUGGGCUGGCCAUCGACGUGCAGGGAGACGAGCAAGCAUGGUUCGGUUUUGCAGGCACUCCAGGCUACCUCUCUCCAGAGGUCUUGAGGAAGGACCCCUACGGCAAGCCGGUGGAUAUCUGGGCCUGUGGUGUUGUCCUGUACAUUCUCCUGGUGGGCUACCCUCCCUUCUGGGAUGAAGAUCAGCACAAGCUCUAUCAGCAGAUCAAGGCUGGGGCCUACGAUUUCCCCUCCCCAGAGUGGGACCCCGAAGCCAAGAACCUGAUCAACCAGAUGUUGACCAUCAACCCUGCCAAGAGGAUCACUGCUGACCAGGCUCUCAAGCACCCAUGGAUCUGCCAACGUUCCACAGUGGCUUCCAUGAUGCACCGCCAAGAGACUGUGGAGUGCCUGCGCAAGUUCAACGCCAGGAGAAAACUCAAGGGAGCCAUCCUCACCACCAUGCUGGUGACCAGAAACUUCUCAGUGGGCCGACAGCACACCAGCCCUGCGGCCACCACCAGCACAGCUGCUCUUGCUUCAGAAGCAUGCAAAAGUUUACUCAACAAGAAGUCGGAUGGUGGAGUGAAGCCGCAGACAAACAACAGUAAAAACAGUGUAGUGAGCAGUACCAGCAGCACCAAAGACAGCAGCAUAUCAUCUUCAGCACCAAUGGAACCACAGACCACUGUCGUGCACAACCCAGCUGACGGCACCAAGGGCUCUACAGAGAGCAGUAACAUCACAGAGGAGGAGGAUGUGAAAGCUCGCAAACAGGAGAUCAUCAAGAUUACUGAGCAGCUGAUUGAGGCCAUCAACAACGGAGACUUCGAGGCUUACACGAGAAUCUGUGACCCCGGACUAACCUCGUUUGAACCUGAGGCUUUGGGAAACCUGGUGGAGGGCAUGGACUUCCACAAGUUCUACUUUGAGAACUUGUUGAGUAAGAACAGUAAGCCGGUCCACACCACCAUCCUGAACCCCCAUGUGCACCUGAUCGGGGAGGACGCGGCCUGCAUCGCCUACAUCCGCCUGACCCAGUACAUCGACAGCCAGGGGCGCCCACGCUCCUGCCAGUCAGAGGAGACCCGCGUGUGGCACCGCCGCGAUGCCAAGUGGCUCAACGUGCAUUUCCACUGUUCAGGAGCGCCUGCCGCACCGCUCCAGUGAACCUUUAUCAGACACAGCUUUGCCUGAAUUCUGAAGCCGAUUGGAGCAUUUUCUCAGUGGUCGGAUUGGCGCCAAGAGCCCUGCCAGAAGAGAACGCUUGGAAGUUUAAAAUCUAAGGGGAAAAUCUAACAAAAUAAAAUAUUUUAAAGCCGACCGACUGACAACACCACCACCACCAAUCCAGUCCAACCCUAGCUAUAUGUUGGGGGCCGGCUGUAGCUGAAGCCCUGCCCUCCGGACGGUGCAUGCUUCUGACGCCCACAGGGGGGCGCUGUCUUGUCCUUUUCCAUGGAUCCAUAUUUUUUUGCAGUUUUGAAAGGUGUUUAAAGUAUUAACAUAUGUAAAAUAAAUUAUAAAAAACCUUCACAUUUAUUCAGCAGGUAUGGUAGUAAUGAUUAAAGAAAAUAAAUGUGAAUUUUCUAUAAAAAACAAUAGAAAAAGGAGAACACCCUAUUUUUUGUGGUGGUUGUUUGUUUGUUUCACAGUUAACAUAUCUAAUUAUUUCUGUUGUUGGAUGCAAACAAAUGCUAGAAGGGAACAUUUCUGACAAACAAAAAGCUUGAUUCAAUCCGUAUGGCAGGUUCAGCGCUAUGGCGCGAUUGAAAUUUAAAGGUAAUAUUUAUGAUUGAGCUGACCGAUGCAGCGUUUGCCGUGAAUGCAGUCUCCAUGAACGUGAGCACAUUGCCUUUAAAUUUCAAACGCGUGCUGAACUUCCGCGAUACGAAUUGAACCAAGCUCUAAAUUGUUACUUACAGUAAUAUCAACAUUUUAUGGGUCGGGUGCGUUGCAGAAGGGACUCUGUUUUUUAGUAUUCUGAUGUGUCAUUGUGGACCUCUUCAUUUUUAUCCCCUGAAUGAUGCUGUCUUUGAAAGUAUUUUGUGUGUGAAGAUUUUUUUUAAUGGGGACUUUAUUUAAUAUAGUAAUGUAUACAUUCAUAUUUAUAAGGAGAAAGACUUUACUUUCAGGGUUUGGAUGCGUGUGUGAGAGUGAAGAUGUGUUCUCAUGUCCCUAUAGCUCCCUUUUCAAGCUCGUUUGCGCUUUGAGAUCCCCAGUGUAUAUGCACACAUGCAUGCUCACACAAGGCCCAAAAUCAAGCUCACUGUGCUGUGCCCUUUGGGUAUGUAGACCAGCCAGCUCCUCCAGCAACAGGCCACAUUCUCCUGACCAGCACAACCUGAAGUUGCAGAACACUACUAUUGGUUCAGUGUGCCGAAUCAAUCAAGCCUACUGCUACUAUUCUGACGGAGACCCCAAACCACAAACUCUGAAAGCUCGUACUCUUCUCCUUCCUAUUGUUUUCUACUCUGACUUUAACAUGUUUGACAAAACAUUUUUGGGGGGAAAUAUGGAAAAAUGUAAUAAAAUCUAAAAUGGCCGGUACUGUUUGGCACAAACUUGAGACUCAAUGCUGUUCUGUUCACUCCCCGGAUGAACGUUUCUGCAACUUCAGGUUAAGCUCACUUACUCCUGGGGUCUCUACCUGUGUUUCUAUAGUUAGUGACCCUGCUAAUCAGCUUUCUAUUAGCGCUACUCAGUGUGAUAUCACCCUUUGCCUGUCUCUCUUGUUCUGGUCCCUGUCCUGUUCUCGAACAUUGUAUAUUGUCCGUCUUUGCUUGCCAUACCUCUCUGUAAAGUCAUUGGCACUAAAAGCAUGUGAAAAUGAAAAUGCUGUAAAGUGGGGUGUUGAGUUGGCCAGUGGCUGGUGGUGGCAUGUCGAACAGCUGGCUGGGGAAGGGCCGGGAGGUGGAUCUGGGGGCCACGCUUAAGGCAAUCCAUGGAUUGGUCCCUUUAUCCCGGUUUCAGUAACUGUUCUAGAUGUUAGUGUUUGUACUGUUGGUAUUAUUAUGAAUAAUCCAUUUCAUUUUGAGAUUGGAGCUGGAAAUAUGGGGAGGCAGUUGAGGUGGGGGUUGGGGGCUCAGGCAGCUGGCCAAUCACACCCAAGCCUCCCCUGUCCAACCCAAUUCCCACAAUACACAUAUGUGGAAUCAACACACACAGUGCACUCCCAAUGCAAAUUAUAUUUGAAUAUAUAUAUACACUGAACAAAAAUAUAAAACGCAACAUGUAAAGUGCUGGUCCCAUGUUUCAUGAGCUGAAAUAAAGAUCCCAGAAAUGUUCCAUACUCACAAAAAGCUUAAAUAUCUCAAAUUUUGAGCACAAAUCGGUUUACAUCCCUCUUAAUGAGCAUUUCUCCUUUGCCAAGAUAAUACAUCCGCCUGACAGGUGUGGCAUAUGAAGAAGCUGGUGCUCCCUGUGCUGUGGACAAUGAAAGGUCACUCUAAAAUCUGCAGUUUUGUCACAUAACACAAUGUUGAGGGAACAUGCAAUUGGCAUGCUGACUGCAGGAAUGUCCACCAGAGCUGUUGCCAGAAAAUGUCAUGUUCAUUUCUCUACCAUAACAUUUUAGAGAAUUUGGUAGUAUGUCCAGCCGGCCUCACAACCGCAGAACACUUGUAACCAUGCCAGCCCUCCUCAUCCUGCUUCUUCACCUAAGGGAUCGAGGGGGCUGCUGCUGAGGAGUGUUCCUAUGUUUUACCAUUAACGGGAAGGAGGGUGCUUCUGAGGAGUAUUUUUGUCUGUAAUAAAGCCUUUUUGUGGGGAAAGAACACUGAUUGGCUGGGCCUGGCUCCCAGUGGGUGGGCCUAUGCUCUCCUCCCAGGCCCACCCAUGGCUGUGCCCCUGCCCGGUCAUGUGAUUAGAGCCUAAUUUAUGUAUAUGAACUGUAACUCUGCAAAAUCUUUGAAAUUGUUGCGUUUAUUUGUUUGUUAUGAGAGACACACACACAAAUAUACACUAAAGACAAUCUCCCUUUAAAAACAUAUCUUUGUGAUAAUGGUAAAACAUUGGAACACUGUUUUUCACUGUGUUGUAGCAACUUGUGACUUUGUACCGCCAGAGGGGUGAAGCUUGCUGUUAACCCCUUCAUUUCUGUGCUAAGCAGCUCCAUAGUACUGGCGUUCCAUUGAACCUGUGGAAGGCCGGGCACCGAAAAGACAACAACCUACCGAUGAGACUCUUGGUCAUAGAAUAUUAUAUCAAAACAUGUUGAAUGAAACAUGUUAAAACAAAGCCUGUGCUCGGUGUUCAUAUCAUGGUCAUAACUGGCCCCGCCCACCCUACUGCGCAUUGUGACAUAUCUGCCAUGAACCUGUUUCCCUUUUGCACCAUAAUGCAAUGUAUACAGUACUGAACUGUGUGAUGUUUUUUUUGGCUCAAAUAGUUUUUCCUGACUUUGUGCUGUGGGCACUGGCCUCUCUCUCUCUCCCACUGGGCCUGAUGCUUCCAUUCAUUGCGUCGGUGUUCACACAGCCAUGGGAAUGAGAACUACUAUGCGGUUUACUUCAACUCUUCAAAAGAAUUCAAAGGGAAGAAGAGGAGAGAAAUAGUUAUUGAGGGAAGGAUAGUUAACCUUGGAUUAUACUAUAGCCUACCUAACUAGCUAGCAGGACAGGAAGAGGGCCUUGAUAUACUUACAAAAACAAAUACUGAAAAAUACAUUAAAAGCCACACACUUUAACAACUAUAUAUGCAGUUUUACAAGAGAAAGAAAUAUGCAUGUCUACUUUCUGGUAAUAUUUUCCACUGUCUGUGUUUACUUGAUUAAAAAAAUGGAAAUCUAUAUGUUACUUGCAUCCUCAAGAUCAAUGAAAAUGUCUCUUGUCUCAAAUAUUGAAAUGAAGUGAUAUCACGUUUAAAAAAAAGUACAAAAAAUAAAAUAAAAAAGGUAUAUUUACUUCAUUGUAAUCAUAUAGUAAGGAUACAUAUGACUAUACUCCGUUUUCAUUUGGAUGCUGGAUUUCUGCAUGACCAUAUAAUAAAUAAAACCAUGACUUAAACGA